CGAGAACAACUAUUAAAUUUGUUAAAUGGUAAAAUAAAAAGUGUAUUACUAUUUUCGUUCAUAAAAUAUUUUCUUUAUUGCAAUGGUCAAUUUUAAAAAAAUCAACUUAACACAUGUAUUUGAUAAAUAAAUAUGUACCGAUAAAGUACCUUAGAUCUACAAAUUUUAUAUUCCAGGGCAUUUAAUUGAUAAAGUAUAAGAAUCAUUACAUUAUGGCUUUUAAUUAUGCUAAUAUUCACUCAAAUCAAAAACGACACAAUGCAGUGCCUCCGCCAAGCAGUGGUGUUUCCAAACAAGGAUAUUCUACUAUGAAUGCAAUUAGUCAAAAUGCACUAUCUGCAGCUUGGGGUGGUAGCAGGAAGAGAGUUGCCACUGAAGAUGAGUAUUUUGAUGAUGACGAAGAAGAAACUGUUCCAGAUUUGGCUUAUAUUCCAGCACCAGGUAGUCCUACUAGGUUGGAAAUGAUGCAAAAGAAAGAUGUUGAGGACGAGGAAGAUGAUCCUCUUGAUGCUUACAUGGCAGGAAUUGAACAACAGGUCCAUAGAGAAUCUCUUCAGAAAUCAGAACCAACUCAAGGCAUCCGUAAUGAUUUAGAAGAAGAAGAUGUAGAAGAAUCGUAUUAUCGAUAUAUGGAAGAGAAUCCUAACGCGGGAGUUCCACAAACAGAUGAUGACUACCCUGAAGUAGAAUAUGAUGAGGACGGGAACCCUAUAGCUCCAGACAAGAAGAAAAUAAUUGAUCCUCUUCCCCCUAUAGAUCACUCCACGAUCGAAUAUCAACCGUUCCAAAAAGCCUUUUAUGAAGAACACUCUGACAUAAAUGAGCUCACUGACGAACAAGUAAAGGAGUUAAGAAAAGUUUUGGAUAUUUCUGUAACAGGUAGUAAUGCACCCAAACCUGUAUCUUCUUUUGCUCACUUCGGCUUCGAGGAGAAACUUAUGAAAGCUAUAAUUAAGGCAGAAUAUUCGACACCGACGCCUAUUCAAGCUCAAGCUGUGCCUUGUGCGUUGCUAGGACGAGAUGUUCUAGGCAUAGCUCAGACAGGCAGUGGUAAAACCGCAGCAUUCCUGUGGCCAAUGAUGAAGCAUAUAGCGGUUCAGAAACCUGUCGAGGAAGGAGAAGGUCCCAUAGCUCUGAUUUUGGCACCAACCAGAGAAUUGGCUCUUCAGAUCUACAACGAUGCUAAGAAAUUUGCAAAAGUAUAUGACCUGAGAGUUAUAUGUGCAUAUGGUGGUGGCUCGAAAUGGGAACAAAGUUUGGCAUUAAAAACUGGAGCAGAAAUCGUGGUGGCCACACCUGGUCGUAUUAUUGACCACGUAAAAACCGGCUCAACCAACCUCCAAAGAGUCACAUUUUUAGUCCUGGACGAAGCUGAUAGAAUGUUCGAGCUCGGAUUCGAGCCCCAGGUCCGUUCAGUCUGUAAUCACGUUCGACCGGAUCGUCAGACUCUACUCUUUUCGGCGACUUUCAGGAAGAGAAUUGAAAAAUUGGCCAAAGACGCUUUGUCCAAUCCAGUGAAGAUUUCCCAAGGAACCACAGGACAAGCAAACGAGGACGUAACGCAGCAUGUAUUGCUUUUACCCAACCAGGAAUCUAAGAGGAAGUGGCUGUUUGAUAAGCUCGUGGAGUUGCUGUCUGCCGGAUCGGUUUUGGUGUUUGUUACAAAAAUAUUGGAUGCUGAAAUGGUAGCCAAAGACAUAAAAGUUAAAGAAUUCGACUGCCUGCUAUUACACGGUGAUAUGGAACAAGCAGACCGUAAUAAAGUGAUAACAGCCUUUAAAAAGAACGAAUGCUCACUACUGGUAGCUACAGAUGUGGCUGCUAGAGGUCUGGACAUACCACACGUUAGAACUGUCGUAAAUUAUGAUUUAGCGCGAGAUAUUGACACGCACACUCACAGAAUCGGUCGAACAGGUCGUGCUGGUACGCAAGGAACAGCCUAUACCCUACUAACUGUCGGCGAUAAGGAAUUUGCUGGACAUAUAGUGAAGAAUUUGGAAUCGGCGCAUCAGAAAGUGCCGCAGGAGGUGUUGGAGCUGGCUAUGCAAAGUUCAUGGUUUAAAAAACAAAGACUUAGGAAUAAAAAGGAUUACAAUCCCAAUGUUGGUGGUAUAGGUUUGGGAUUUAAAGAAAAACCAUCCAAUCCGUUGCAAGCCAGUGGUCCAAGCUCGGUAGGCCAGUCACAACCCGCCAGAGGUCCGGCGACUGAUAGAUUAAGUGCAAUGAAAGCUGCAUUUAAAACGCAAUAUAUGAAUCAGUUUACAGCGAGUUCGGAUCAGCCACCUCCACCUCCCCCACCUACACGGAAGAAAUCUAGAUGGGAAUAAGAUUAAGUAACUUUUAAUUGUGAUUAGUCAUAAUUUUCCUUUCCAGUUCACGUUCAAUUAUCAAACUAUUUUUAUCGUCAGUUCACUGUAUAGAUUCAAUACCAAAUGUUCAAUUAAAAUCAUUAUUUG